CUGGGCGGGACUUUUAAUGCUGCUCUUCAACAUGGCGGACCUUUCGCCUACGAGUUGAAUUUAAAUCACAUUUUACUUACUUAAGUUAGAGACAAAAACAGUGUGUAGUAAGAUUAGAAUAUAUCGCUUUCAAGACGCUAACUGCAGUCUACUAAAAAUGAAAGGCAAGGAGCGGUCGCCCGUUAAAAAGCGCUCGCGGAUUCUGGACGAUAUUCGAGAUCGGGGAGGAAGCCACCCAACAAGUAAGAAAAUGGGAACACUCUCGACGGCAGGCAGCAACGGGAAUAGUUCUGUCAAAAGUGGUGGUUCGGUAAAACGGAGUUUACCAUCUGAAAAGAGAGACUGUCGAGAUUUUGACGGACAUGUGUCAAAUCGAACUGGGAGUAGCCAUGGAUAUGCUAAUACAACUGGUUCGAGUAGCAAGCUACACAUUAGCAUUGCUCUGGACCCCACGACAAGGACCAAUUCUCGUGGGGAACCGCGGCCUCUUCCGAGUAACGAAAGUGAGUACAAGACUCUAAAAAUUAGCGAACUGGGCUCUCAGUUGAGCGACGAAGACAUUGAAGAUGGAUUAUUUCACGAAUUUAAGAAAUUUGGGGACGUGAGUGUCAAAAUAAGCCGAGUUAACGACGAAAGGGUGGCAUUUGUGAAUUUCAGAAGGCCCGACGAUGCCAAGGCGGCCAAGCACGCACGCGGCAAAUUGGUACUCUAUGACCGCCCUCUAAAAAUUGACGCGGUGUACAUGAACCGGAGGAGGAGCCGCUCCCCCAUCGAAAAAGAUCCAUAUGCAGGAGUUGCAGGACACAGACAUUUGCAUGUCCAAAGACCCCUUUCACCAACGGGGCUAGGAUAUAGAGAUUUCCGACUGCAGCAGCUAGCUUUGGGCCGCCUCCCCCCUCCCUCCCUCCCUAGAGAACUGGAAAGAGAGAGGGAAUUUUCUAUCUAUGAAGCCAGGGCCCGGCCACCCUUCAUCCCUGACUGUGCAGCUUUCUGUGAGGAGGACCUCCUCUCCCCUGAAGAUGAUCAGCGGGCCAACAGGACGUUGUUUCUUGGCAACCUUGAUGUCUCAGUGACAGAGAAUGACUUGAGGAGGGUGUUUGACAGGUUUGGGUUGAUCACAGAGGUGGACAUCAAGCGGACAUCCGCUCGCGGACAGAACAGCACCUAUGGAUUCCUAAAGUUCGAGAACCUGGACAUGGCUCACCGUGCUAAGAUCACCAUGUCAGGAAAAGUGGUGUGUCACAACCCUAUUAAAAUUGGCUAUGGCAAAGCAACACCCACAACCAGGCUGUGGGUGGGGGGUCUUGGCCCCUGGGUCCCCCUUGCUGCUCUGGCUAGGGAGUUUGACCGCUUCGGCACCAUCAGGACUAUAGACUACAGGAAGGGGGACACGUGGGCCUACAUCCAGUAUGAGAGCCUGGACGCUGCCCAGGCCGCCUGCUCCCACAUGCGUGGCUUUCCUCUGGGUGGUCCUGAGAGGAGACUUAGGGUGGACUUUGCUGACACAGAGCUCCGCUACCAGCAACAGUACCUGCAGCCUCUCCCUCUGCCGCCUCACUUUGACCUAGUGGCAGACUCGUUCAUCCACCGGCCCACCCUCGAGGCCAUCAGAAUCAGAGAGAGGAGCCCUCCACCCCCACUCCGCUUCAGGGAAAGGGAACUGUACAAUGCAGACUGGGCUGGCCCAACAGUCUGCGAGAGGGUGCGAGGGACAUCUUUUGAACCCGUGGAGCACCUGGAGAGGCGUUCACGUGAACCCUGGUCUCUGGAACGGGAGCUGCAGAGCAGAGACCAGGCCCGAAAACGGCGCCUUUUAGAGGAUGGGCGUCGCCCGGACCGCUCACCAAACAGCAGUGAACAUGGGCGUCGUCGUCACGGCACCUCUCUGGAGCACAGCCCUGGUGGCAGCAGCCGGGACGGGGGGCGCUACAGCCCUCCACGCUCCAAUAGACCCUCUCCCGUCAGAGAGCAGCGGGGCAGCCUAGGCCGUGGCCCUGGGGACAAGCGGCUGCGGACAGUCAGCCCAGCCUUACCAGAACGGGACCGAAAACGCAAAGCCAGUGACUCAUGCACAAGCCCUGUAAAGAGGGAGGACCGCUCUGAUCACCCCUCCUCUUCCAUGUCCAGCCUGCAGUCUAAGCAGGGGGCUGGGGGGCAGAAGCUGUGUCAGGCCUGGCAGGGCGUGCUCCUGCUGAAGAACAGCAGCUUCCCCAUCUCCAUGCACCUGCUAGAGGGGGACUUAGCUGUGGCAGCCAGACUACUGGUGGAGAGCUCCACUGGUGGCCAGGUGUCCCAGCUAAAAAUCACCCAGCGCCUGCGUCUGGACCAGCCCAAGCUGGAUGAGGUGUCCCGUCGCAUCAAGACUGCAGGCCCCAGCGGCUAUUCUGUCCUCUUGGCUGUGCCCGGGAGCUGUGAGGAGGGGCCCCAGGAUGUGGGAAGCUCCACCGAGAGGCCUCUAAAGAACCUGGUCUCCUACCUGAAGCAGAAGCAAGCAGCCGGCGUCAUCAGCCUGCCUGUGGGUGGCACCCGUGACAAGGACGGCGCAGGAGUUCUUCACGCUUUCCCGCCCUGUGAUUUUUCCCAGCAGUUCAUGGAUGCCUCAGCUAAAGCCCUUGCCAAAACCGAAGAGGACUACCUGGUGAUGGUCAUUGUCCGAGGAGCCUCAUAAAAUGAGAAUCGUUCAUGUGUGAUGCAUUGGUAGCACAUUAACACCCACAAUGUGUUACGGGAUUUAGCUGUCAUUGAAACAGGGAACAGGGUGGGGUUGAUAGCUUUCUGUCUUGCUACAAGUAGAACUUCUUGGCAGAACACAAUGCUAUACUAAGAGUCAUUUGGUAAUCAAAAAUAACAAGCCUUUCAGAUAUUUUAAGUUGUCAACUCAGCAUGCAUUAGCAUGUAGCCUGCAUUACAUUCUAUUGGUGGUCUACUUUUAAUGUGAACAAUUUAAAUCGCAAGAAGUGGAUACAUUUAAUUGAAAAUGGUUAAGUCAAAGUAGACUCACCUUUCUCUAUUUGCGCAACUAAUCUGUAAAUCAUUCAUCUGUAGAGUAAUUUAUGCAUUUUUGUGAAUCACAACUACAUUGGUUAUUGCCUUUUUAUUUGGAAAAAAUCUGACAUCCAUUGUAUUUGCAAACAAUCAUUUAUCUGGUGUCAAGUCUUGUUUGCUAUUCAUUGCAGUAGAACAUAAAAGCAUGUAAAAUUAAUCUGAGACCUGAAAAAAAACUGAACUACACUUAGUUAUCUCCUCAUUUGAAUUUCUUACACUUAGUCAGACUGGUAAUAGAUAAGCCAUGCCAUAUUUUAGGAGCCCUGUGAAGGUGUGUAGCUGUAAGACGAUACAGGUUUCCGUUGCGUUAUCAAUAAUUUAUUAGUAAAAUUGGCGUCUGCUUUUGUUGAUCAAUAGGAAUAUACCAGUCUCUAUCAAGCAGCCAAUGUAAAGGGGCAUGAAAGGUUUUGAAAUUCAGUUAUUUACAUAAAACUACCUGGAAUAUUUUCAAAUUAAACAUUGCUGUUUGAUAAGGUCUUACUUAUUUGAUCCAUAAUUGGGACGAUUUUUGUUAUUUCUAAUCGCCAAAGUGCUCACAUUUUCACCUACUGUAUCACCGACUGUUGUCAGUGUAUCUUUGCUUGGCACCAAUAGCACUCACAGUUAAGUUUGAAUUUUCAAUGUUGGAAACAAUUAUUUUGUGUGAUACAUUAUAAGAGAAUCUAGGAUAUCAGAGUUUGUUUUACAAGUGUUGCAUUGCCCUGUUGACUAUAUAGACUAAUAGUAAAAAAACAAAAAACAAGGCUCAUAAGUUUCUUUUGAGUGGUCUAGUUUAAAAGUGCCUAUUAGUUAGGCAAUAUCCAAAUAUUGAAUCUAUUAGUGUAAAUCCAGAAUGGUUUUGAUUGUCAACAGGUCUAUGAUCCUUGGGUUCAUUCAAUAGAGAUGAUGCCACACAAAUUCCAUAGAGGGUAUUAUUUUUGACUAAAUAAGAACUACCACUAUUUUCCUGUGCCACUGAGGUCCUUGAGGUCAGGAUGUUAUCCUGGUUUUUAUAUUGUGAGUAAUGUUAUUUCCAACAAUCAUCCCCACAGUUAAAUGGCUUAGUUAAGUUUAAGUCUUUUACUAUACAUAGUAAAGAGAGAAAUAAAGCUUCUAAACCAAAUGAUGAUGGCCCCCCAUGGCAGUAAUAUGUGUCCCUUGAUGACUUCCCCUUUUGGUUCUGAGAGAACUGUCUAGAAACCAUUUAGACUGCCUAGCCUUCCAGAAAGCUAGACAGAGCCAUUUCAAAUAGUCUUUUCAGUUCCACAAAAGUGAGUCAACAAGGUGAGAAGGAACGUAGUUUAUCUAAAUGGAAUUUCUCCAAUGAGUUCAAUCAGUUAUGUCAAAUGUAUGACUCACUUUUCAAACAGGAUACCUUUCUAUUUGCUCUCAAGGACCAAGAGUAUGUAUGUCCCUAAAACAUAUAUAGAUUUUUACAAUUGGUUUAGUUCAACAGUGUACUUAAAUUCUGUUUAGAGUUAAACUAAGGAUAAGGUUUGUUGACUGGCAUUAAGCAUAUGUAUCAAAAUCUUUCCAAAUACUAGUGGAAGUUAAUUUACGUAAUUGUUGAUUUUCAAUUUGGCUUUUACAUUAAUUGCCAACUUUAUACUUGGGGAACUCACCAGUAGUGUUGUUAAUGCCAUAGCCUUCUGCUUCUACUUAGAAUUCAAAGUAUAUUGGCAUUUUUAUUAAAAAAAACAUCGUUUUAUUUAAAAAUGUAUUUUAAGUGACAUUUCUUGUAUAAAAUUAUUACUGUAUGUAUGUUAUGGACACUUCAGAUUUGAGCAAGGAAUACCAGAGUGGAUAACACCACCAUACCACCGUUGGACACUGGAAAACACCAUACGCAAAAAUACUCCAGAAUGCACAGGGGCAAGGGUCCUUUGCACAGUGGCCCUUUGUGCAUUUCCUCAGAAUUUACUGCUCGUUGUGUUAAUGCUUUGUGAUGCCAUUUCCCGUGUUUUAAAUGGAAAAAAUGCUUUGUGCUGUGUCCACCUGAUUUUUGGAGAAAAAAUGGAAACCGCAAUUGCACAUGCGCCUAAGACGUAGUUGUCAAAAAACACAAAGUGCAGCUUGCACUUCAUAGAUUUUGUUUCGGUAUCAAUAAAUGUUCUCUUUCGUGGGAAAACAAAUGUUUCUGCCUUGGAAGACGACUUUUGUGACCUUUUCUGUUGUGUUGCGAAGGAAUUGUCUUUUGCACUUAAAAACCCUGGCCCUGCCUGUGUGAAAAAUGGGAGCACCUUUUCAGACCAGAAAGGAAAAAGAAAAGUGUUGAGAGCAAGGGAAAGAGCUCAAAUCUUUGUGUUGACAUCAUUGCUCACCAUCAUUGUUGACACCGUUUUUUGAAGAGUUGCUGAUGUUCCAGCUGUUAAUGCCCAAAUUUGCCCCACCCCCCCACACCUUUUACCUGGCCAUCAUUACUUUGCUGAGAUGGCCCUAGUGUCCCGUUGAAGUGGGAGUGGGGCCCUACUCCUGUGUCAUCUCUGGUCCUCAUAGCCGUAGGUGAUGAAGCUGUUUUCCAGUGAGCUGUUACAACGGGGGCUGGAGAGAGGCUCACCUCUUGCUGGCUGCUGCUCUGAUGGUGGCGCUGUUGUCAUCACCUUGGGCCACUGAUCCAGUUGUCCCGGGUGUUCCACUGCUCUGCACACCACACCUCCUGCUGUGUGUCACUUUGGCCAACAACACACAGCUGGAGUGCCUGUCCUGUCCACUCAACUCUACUGACGAAAACAACCCUGCAGAGCUAGGAGGGUAAUGCCUCAAGAUCUGUUCCAGCUUAACAAGGAGCCAUAGUUUUAAUUAUUUGUGUAUUUGCCAGUUGCUUUGCUCUCCCUGCGUUGAAGCCUGCAGGAAUAAUAUUUUACUGUGUUAGGGUCAGUUUACAUUGGUACCCCACCAUGGGAUGAAAGUGACUCGGCACCCAGGCUUUCCACAAACCACCAUGUGCCACUCCCAGUGAAAGGAACCUCCCGCCCUGUGCAGGGAUCGAUGAUUUGAAUUGAUUUAGUUCUAAUGUUUAUUCUAAGUGAAUAUGAAAUCAAAAUGAAGAGACCGUCAUUGGGCUGCCAUCAGGGAUCCAGAAUCCACAGGAGGCACUGCCCAGUUAACAGUCGGCUUAGUGCCAGGAUUCCAGGCCUGACUAGCAUAGUUGCGGAUUUGGUAUGUAAACUUUGGUAGGAAAUGCAAAUCCUGCCUUGCGAGAAACCCACUGUGUGUGCCACACCCUGGACGGCAACACAAGGCUUCUCAGAGGUUUUGAGCUCUGCCUGUCUAUGACAGGAGUAGGCACCUCCCUUCCCCCCACAGACACCUGUCCCUGCUCAGGUAAAGAUUGCUGCCAGCCUGAACGACAUACUUUGGUACGUAUAAACAAAAAACAGUCUGAUCCCUUGUUAUGAACACCUGAAAAUCACUUAAUCUGGUAUUGUGUACUUAGAUGCAUUCUAUAUAUGAGGCAAGCAGAUAAGCCGUUCAUUAAUGAUACCUGGUUCAUAAUAAAUGUAAUACCAUACACUUGUAUAUAUUGCACAUAAACGUGCAUAGACAUCUCCUUAAAGCAAUGCCAUCAGUAUAAUAGCACUGGUUACAAUUUAUAGAAGUGUAUUGCUCCAUGAUCAUUUUGUUUCACUUUCAAAAUGUCCAUAGGUCUGUUAUACAAUUCAUUAACAGUGCGUUGUAAAUAGUUUUUUCUCCCUGCAUGCUGUUUUGUCACAGGCAAAUUUAGAUUAAAAAUAUUGCUUAACCAAUAGAAGUCCCUCUCAUGUGUGUGUCACAUACCAGUAAGUUAAAUUGAGUAUGACAUUUUACUCUGUCAAGUGUAACUGGGGAGUGAUAGAUAAAUAGCUAGGUCAGGACUAUUCCUAAAAUCAUACACAAAUCUAAUAAUAUCCUCUGGCUAUAUUGUUUUAAAAAUUGUAAAAUAUUCAGAUGCGCUAUGUAACAGCAUGCAGGAAGAACAACUGGUAGAGAACAAAUGUUAGAGUUAAAAUUAGAACUGCACAUUAUCAGGGGAGACAGGAUCCAUUUUGUUUAAUGAUAUGAAUGGGUAGGAUAGUGUGUUCCCUGUUUAUAAUGAGUGGGGGAGUGACACGCUCUUGAAAAUAUCAGCCUUUUAUGUCUGCAGCAUGAGCAUAACAUUCAGUUUAACAGAAAUCUCUGUGAUGGAAAUAUCUGAUAACAGGUGCCUGAAGACCUGGUAGUAUGCCUGAUAUGAUCAAUACUGCUUGUACAACUGCAUAAAAUGACAGGGACACGUGAAAUAAUCUCACAGUUGCAUUUGAUAGAUUAGACACAAAUGGAAGAACAGCAGCGGACUCGUGCCCCCACCUCCUGUUGAGAAUAGCAGAAAGGAUAGAUGUAUAAAUAUGCCAUGAGUAUUGAUCAUCAGUAGUUGUGUUAUGUUGUCAGAUCAUGCAGCGCCUUCUUCACUGAUGAUAUUGAAUGGGUUUUGAUGAAUGACUUAUUUCACAGUAGAUAACGCUGCCUUUGCGUUAUGAAGCGGUAAGUAGUGACUUUCUCUUAGACAUCACUAGUCCCAGGGGGCUUUGAACAGUCAAUGCGGUCUUUUUACCAUUCACAAUACGAUUCUAGAAGAUUCAAUCAGCUUUUUUCUACUAAAUUAUAACGCUUAGUUAAUUUGUUUCAUACUGAAGGCUUUGGUUUAUUUAGAACAUAUCCUUAUGUGAUAUUAAGUUGUUAAUUUUGUCCAGUAGAAUUUCAGGGGAUUUCGAUUUUUGUAUGACAUGUUUUAAUGUGCCACAUGUGUUUGUUGUUUCUCUGGCCAGUCUUGUCUUUGUGUUAAGGAUGUGGCCCGGUUUCAGUCCUCAGCUCAUCGAUUAAUCCUCCAGGAAACCGUUUGCAGCAGUAUUAAACAAGGAAUUCAUCUGACAAGGGAUCCACACGUUGGUGAGUACAUUUUCUAAUGCUGCCAUUUAAUGUGCAUUUAGCCAGAGUCACUAUUUACUAUUUGAGCUAAUUAAAAUUUGUACAUACCACAUUACGUUUCAAUUAAAACAAUUUGUAGAAUGAUUUUUUUAAUAAAGAGUCUUAUUUUAAA